AUGUCCAACUGGUCUGUUGACUACGCGUCUCUUAAUACAGCUAAUAGCUCCAAAGUCUCCAACCCUGUUGGUUACGAGCCAUCCACUUUGCAAAAAUACACCAAAAACGAGAGAUCCAGUCGUCAAGGAAACCAAGAUAACAACCAAGUAGCCAUUAAGAUGAAGAGAGCUUGGGAUGUCGCUAUGGGCCCAGCUAAAAGUAUUCCCAUGAACGCCAUCAUGAUUUACAUGUCAGGCACUAGUCUUCAAAUCUUUACAGUGAUGGUUACCGCCAUGCUCUUCUUUAAUCCUGUCAAAGCCAUCAUGACAACCCAACAAACCUUUAGCCGUUUUGAAUCAGACACAACAACAACAGGGAAAGCACAACCCAAAGUGGAUUUGACAAUGCCAAAGCUAACCUUCAUCGGUUUACAUAUCGUUACUAUUCUUUUGGGUGUCUAUAAGGUGAAUGCCAUGGGAUUAUUACCAAACACAGCCUCAGAUUGGCUUGCAUUUAUCAAGCCAAAAGAGAUAUUAGAAUAUGCUGCUUAG